UAUUAUUUUUCAUAUUCCAAAACCAAAAACACUCUCUUUCUUUCUCUAAGAAAACACUUCUUUCUCUCUCAAUCUCUCUCUCUUCCCAUAGAGAAAGUCAUGACCUUUUAUUUAUUGUUAUAAUAAUAGAGCGGGUAUUUUGCAAUCUUGUAUCUCUUUUCUUCUAUUUUUCUGGUGCUUGGUGGUUGCCCCUAUAAUUUCUCUUUGUAGUAACUCUCUCUCUCAUUGUCCAUUUUCCCAACCCCAUCUCUAUCUACUCCCACUAAACACAUUUUUUCUCCAUUUGGGAGCUGGGUUUUAUUUUUUUUCUGUUCUUUUUCUUUCCACCACUGGUAUUGUGUUAGCUUUCACCAGAGAAAAGAGAGAGUCAGAGGAAGGGUGUCUUUUUCUGUAUGCCAAGUUGCCGAAUGAGCUGUUCUGAAUUCUCUGCACAUUUUCUCUGUCUUCGUUUGGCUAUUUUCGCAUGAGUUUCUUCGGUUCAUUGGGUUGAUCCAAGAAGAGUUAUUUCGUUUGAGGCGCUCUGGUUUUUGACUCAAGAUCACAACUUUGAGACACUCUUUUGAGAACAACUUUGAGACACUCUUUUGAGGGGUUGUGAUUGUUUGGCUGGUCUGGAGUGCAUAUUAAAUAUAAUCAGGGCCCUGAGAAUGGGGUCCUGCUUAUCUGCAGAAAGCAGGAGCCCUCGUGGCAGUUCACCGUUGUCUCCCUCACUUGGGGUCAGGAAAAGGAAGAACUCCAAAAAGAAACCUGGGUCUCGAAACUCUUCCUUCGACUAUCGGAGAGAAGAGCCACUGCACAGGAUUCCUGGGAGGAUGUUCUUAAAUGGGUCAAGUGAAGUUGCAUCACUUUUUACUCAACAGGGCAAGAAAGGGACCAAUCAGGAUGCCAUGCUUGUUUGGGAGAACUUUGGUUCCAGAACAGAUACAAUUUUCUGUGGUGUUUUCGAUGGUCAUGGUCCUUAUGGUCAUAUGGUUGCGAAAAGAGUGAGGGAUUCUCUUCCUCUAAAAUUGAGUGCACACUGGGAAGUGAACAUAACUAGUGGGGAUGUUCUUAAAGAGAUCAGCCUCAAUACUGCAGGAAGCAUGAAUCCAGAAGAUACGACAACUCUAGCAUCUGUUGAUGAAGAACCGAGGACCCCUAUUGAUAUGGGGGAAGCAGAAAAGCACCCUGAGAUCUUUCAGACGCUGAAAGAGUCAUUUUUGAAGGCUUUCAAAGUCAUGGACAGGGAACUGAGAACACAAGCAAGUAUAGAUUGCUUCUGUAGCGGAACUACAGCUGUAACUCUUGUUAAGCAGGGCCGGGAUAUUGUCAUUGGAAAUGUAGGGGACUCGAGAGCAAUACUCGCUACGAGAGACAUUGACAAUUCCUUGAUUCCAGUUCAGUUGACUGUGGAUCUCAAACCAAAUCUCCCAGCGGAAGCUGAGAGGAUUCGUAAGUGUAGAGGGCGUGUAUUUGCUCUUCAAGAUGAACCUGAAGUUGCUCGAGUUUGGCUGCCAAACAACAAUUCACCUGGCCUUGCCAUGGCUCGUGCUUUUGGUGAUUUCUGCCUAAAGGAUUUUGGUCUAAUCUCUGUGCCUGAAAUAUCCUAUAGGAGAACCACUGAGAAAGAUGAGUUUAUUGUCUUGGCUACAGAUGGGAUAUGGGAUGUCCUGACAAACAAAGAAGUUGUAGACAUAAUAGCUUCAGCUCCAUCUCGUUCCACAGCAGCUCGAGCAUUAGUUGAGACAGCAGUGCGAGCUUGGAGACAUAAAUACCCUACAUCAAAAGUAGACGACUGUGCUGUAGUUUGCCUCUUCCUUGACUCAGACACCAACAAUUUGUCUGUUGCUGCAAAUACUAGGCCUAAGGAAGAUGGGGUUAACUGUGCAGCUGAGAAAGAAGAAGAUAUCUCAUGUACUACUGGUUUGGACCGGUCAGGUACUGUCCGAACAUGUGAAGAGAUUCAUCCAGAAGAUGGGUCAGAUGUAAUGAAUUCAGAGCCAGGUAAGGAUUGGUCUGCUUUGGAAGGAGUUUCUCGUGUCAAUACAUUAUUGACUCUGCCAAGGUUUGUGCCUGGUGAAGAUGAAACCAAACCCCAAAAAUAAUAAUACAAGGGAAGAAGAAGAAGAACAAGUCAGUUUUACCUUCUUCCCUGGAUUAUUUUUUUCCUUAAAAUUUUUGUUUCCUUUUUCACAUUUUCUUUUUCAAUUUUUAUUAUUUUCUAUAGAUGGGAAUUCAGAAAAAUAUUUGUAGUGCCUUCAAUGUUAGAACUUGGACAGGAGAAGUUGGCCCGGCUAUAUUAGCAAUGUCUGGGGAAAGUGUCCUCUCUCUUGUGUGGGUAGGAUUGGAAUUUUUGUAAAACCAACUCUCCUUUUUUUUUUUAUUAUUUCAAAUUAAUUUAUGUUUCAAAGUGUCAUAUGUGAUAUUUGUUAUUCUGUAAUGAUGUUAAUAAUAAUGUUGUGAUUAUACAUUGUCUUUAUUUUUUGGCUGGAAGUUUAAUGAAUAUUCUUCUUCAUCUUAA